AGAGCUCAGAGGUCUGGUGCCCACGCAGUGUCUGUCUGGAGCACGGUGCGUCGUCACCAUGACUUCCUGCGACCUCCUUCAGCGCCUACUUCUGCAGGCGGUUGUGCUGACCGUCGUAGUUUGUAUGGGCCGUGAUUAUCAUGACAGCAAUGAUAUUACAGAUGCUUUGAAACAUCUGGAACAGCAUCGCAACAAGUCCACUGACGCUGACGCAAUGAAUCGCCGGGAAGUGAGGGGACAGGAGGACGUCAGUGUGACGACGACUACCACCAACAUAUACAGCACCGCCCGAGGCUCCUUUACUUACAGAGGUGUAUGCAGUUCGAUAUUCUUGUUUCUCUGUGACAGCGGUGAAUGUAUAACGAAGAAUUUCGUGUGUGACGAAAGCAAUGAUUGUUCCGAUGGAUCUGAUGAGAAAAACUGCCAGAAAACUACAGGAGGAAAAUGCAGUUCAUACCAAUUCAUGUGUAAGAACAGGAGGUGCAUUCCUCGUAAGUGGCGGUGCGACGGAGAGGACGACUGCAAAGAUAAUUCCGAUGAGGUUGACUGUGAUAAGUGUCUCGGCGACAAGUUCCGUUGCAAGAGUGGGAGGUGUAUAGCCAAUGACACUUUGUGUGAUGGUGAUGUGAACUGCGAGGACGGGGACGACGAGGCGGACUGUGAAAAGGCACACUGCCUUUCUAUACCAGGCCACUACCAGUGUCAAUCAGGGGAGUGCGUGCCACCCGGGAAGGUGUGUGACAAUGUAAUGGAUUGCUUGGAUAAAUCAGAUGAAGGAAAGGCCUGCGCUACGACCUGUGAAGCCAGUAACUGCACGCAGGAAUGCUUCCGAACACCGAAAGGUCCUCACUGUUCCUGCAGACAAGGGUAUUACAUGGAACGUGAUCAAGUGACCUGCUCUGAUGUAGACGAGUGUGCUUGGAGUGAAAAACUGGUGUGCGACCAUUACUGUAAGAACACCAAGGGAGGGUUUCAGUGCUCCUGUCACGACAAGUAUAUCCUGCAGACUGACAACGUUACCUGCAAGCACCAGCAGUCCGGAAGUGCAUUCCUCCUAAUAGCACAGGACAAUGGAAUCAGGCAGCUGUUCCUGGACGACUCCCGCAAUGUUCAAAUAGUCCACUCAGAGAAUGCUUCGACCAUAGGAUUGGGUUACGAUCCUAUUACUCGCACGAUGUUUUGGAGCGCCUUUGGUGUUGUGUUGAAGGCGGAAGUGGUCCCCAAUGCAGUUUCUCACAGUGUGUUACGUGAUGGCAUCAUUGUGGCAGAGGGUUUGGCCGUGGACUGGACUGGUAGGAACCUGUACCUCACAGAUCCCAAAAUUAAGCACAUCAUUGUAUGUAAAAUGGAUGGCUCCUCAUGCUACCAGCUACUGCGUGACCUCGGCCAUCCGAGAGCCAUUCAGCUAGAUAUGCUUAAUAGAUACAUGUACUGGUCUGACGUGAAGGACGGCACGAUCCGCAAGGCUGGAAUGGACGGUACUAACCAUGACGUGGUGGUGAUGAAUGGAGUGGUGUGGCCCAACGCCAUGGCACUCGACCUACCCGCUGGCCGCCUCUACUGGCUGGAUGCCAACACUGACCAGGCCUUCAGCGUCAAGUUGGACGGUACAGAGCAGAAGUCACUCCAACAUGCUGUGAUUCACCAUCCUUUCGCCAUGGUGCUGUGGGAGGACCGCCUGUAUUGGACCGACUGGAGCGAAAAAGUAAUCUCCUCCUGCGUCAAGAGGGACGGCAGGCAUGGGAAGACGGUGCUGAAAGGCUUCACCAUGUACUUUGGCCUCGUCCUUUUCCACCCAGCCAUGAUGGAAGACAUAUCCAACCCAUGCCAAUAUUCAAACUGCAGCCAUAUGUGUCUCUUGUCUCCUCACCCUCCUGGGUAUGCCUGUGCCUGUCCCAGUGGCAUCAUGGAGCUCAGCUUGGACCGUCAUACAUGUGUUGAUACACCGGCUAGAGUUUACUUGAUAGUCAGCAGCCUCAAGAAACUGUACCUGUUGUCACCACACAAGUUUGGCCGUGCUGACCAGCAUGUCUUGGAGCCACAUCCAGAUAUCAAAGACAUAGGGGACGUGGAGUAUUCCCCAGAGCAAGACAUGGUGCUUGUGAGUGACCAAUGGUACAGCAAGGUGUAUGCCAUCUACAUGGAGACUGCCAGAGUCAUAACCUUAAUGCAGAACACUGUGGUACGGAGAAUGGCCCUUGAUUGGCUGAGGAACAACCUCUACUGGCUUUCUGCCAACCAUGAAGUGCUGGUGGGAAAAAUAAAAGAGGAUGAAGUUACCUUCCACAGUGUUGUCAUAGCUAAUCUGCAAAGUCCUCUAGACAUUGCUGUGGCCCCACUGCUUGGGUAUUUGUUUGUGAGUGGUGCAAGCAGCCGUCUUAAAACUGCUUACAUCAAGCAGUGUGGCUUGGAUGGCAGUCAGUGUACAACAUUGGUCAGUGAAGGCAUUGAAAAGCCAAUUUCUCUUACCAUGGACCACUGGCACAACUACCUCUACUGGUGUGACUAUAUGCUCAUGACCAUGGAAAGGAUAAAAAUGGAUGGCACAAAUCGGGUUGCAAUAAUUGAUUCAAAUUCGCGUGUUGUGGGUCGGAAGUCUGUGAAAUCUCUUAUGGUAACUGAUGACAGGAUUUACUUUACAUUAGAAGGAAAACUUGCAGUGUAUGCAAUUUCCAAUGAUACCUCGAAUCCAGAUCUACAGAUGGUAAAACUGGAUAUUGAUCCUCAGGAGGGUGAGAUACUGAGACUAAAUAGAUUGAAGUGGAAGCCUCCCAGUUAUCAAGGAAGCCAGAAACCUUGCUUCAAUAAUGGUGGCUGUUCUGACAUAUGUGUUGGGAAUGCCAGUCAAGAUGAGGUAUGCUUGUGUGGCCUUUCAUCUCAACUGGAAGAAAAUGGGAAGACUUGCAAGAAAAGAAAAUGUGGGGAUCAUAUGUAUGAAUGUGCAGACUCUUCCGAGUGCAUCUCUCUUGCUUGGAAAUGUGAUGGUGCCACGGAUUGCAUUGAUGGGAGUGAUGAGGUUGAUUGUCCUUUUAAAUGUCCUCCAGAUUACUAUCAGUGUAACACAACUGAUCACUGUGUGCACAAAGACAAAGUCUGUGAUGGCCAUGAAGACUGUAAUGAUGGAUCAGAUGAGAAAGACUCUUGUCAUAAGGCUCCUCCUGACACAUGUCCAGGCCAUGUUUGUGAUAGAACAAAGUGUAUUCUUAAACUUAUGGUGUGUGAUGGUGAUUAUGAUUGCCAGGAUGGUUCAGAUGAAGUAAACUGUACCUAUACAUGCACAACACAUGACUUUAAGUGCAAAUCAGGUAGUUGCAUUACAAAAUCAUGGUUGUGUGAUGGUGACAAGGACUGUUUUGAUGGAUCAGAUGAAGAGAACUGCACCACUAAUGCCUGCCCAAUUGAUCACCAUUCCUGUGAUAAUAAGUGUAUUUCCAUCAAUGAAACUUGUGAUGGAAAACAAGAUUGUAAGGAUGGAAGUGAUGAAUUACAAGAGAUGUGCGAGGCAUCCAAAGUCCCUACUUGUCCAGCAGACAAGUUUCUCUGUAUGUUACACAGUGGGAAUACAGACAUGAUGUGUAUUGACAUGAAGCUUGUCUGUGAUGGUAAAAUGGACUGCCCACUGGGAGAUGAUGAACAUACCUGCCCAAACUGCUAUGAGAGCGAAUUCCACUGCCCCAAUACAAACUCCUGCAUUUCAUUAAGAUGGAUUUGUGAUGGAGAAGCAGACUGUAUUGAUGGAGCAGAUGAAGGGAUGGCUGCCAAUUGUACAAAUAUUAUCACCACUACUUUAACUCCCAGCUCAGCAGAGAGUGGAGGAUCUUGUGGAGAGGAUUUCACAUGUGAGGAUGGAACAUGUUUGCCUAUCAUCAAGGUCUGUGAUGAAUACAAAGAUUGUCCUGAUGGGUCUGAUGAACAGCAGUCUUGUGAGAGCAUCUGUCGUGCGAAAAGAUGCGAGCAAAACUGUAUGGCUACCCCACGUAAAGCUUUUUGCACCUGUUCAGAGGGCUACCAUCUUGCAUCAGAUGGCCGCACCUGUCUGGAUGACCUAGAAUGCAAGGAUGAGAGUCGGUGUUCACAGAUGUGUGAAGAGCGCCCUGGUGGCUACAUCUGCACGUGUCUCCCAGGAUACCAGCGUGCUUCAUAUAGUACUUGUAAGCGUAUAGAUGGGGAGGAUUGGCUGGUGGUGAGGUGGGAAGAGGGAAUCUUUAAUAUCACCCAUUUAUACCACCAUGAUAGCUUGUCAGUUGUGCCAGAGCUUGCUGAUGCAGCAUCCUUUACUGUGGAUCCAGUCACAGGCAACCUCCUUUUCUCAGACGGGGAGAGAAAUGUUGUAGCUAUGAUAGCUGAAUCUCCUGAGGGUAAGAUGGAAGAGACCAUCCUCUGGAAGAAGAAUAAUCCUGGCCCGAUGUGUUUUGACCCAUGGCGAAGAAAUUUGUAUGUGGUGGAAACGUUCAAGAGAAACUCUGAAAUGCUGGAUAAAAGAAGUAUCGAAGGCAGUUGGAGUGAGAAAAAUAGUGAAGAUAUAGGCCUAUGGUCGACCGUCAUGGCAUGUAAUCUGGAUGAUAAGAAUUGUGGGGUCAUCUAUGGAAGCAACAACUCUGUGGUACAUUCAGUGGCGGUGGCAUUGACAGAAGGACGACUUCUCUUCUGUACCAAAUUCUGGGGUUUGGAACAAGGACUGAUCAUGACGUCAUUUCUGGAUGGUACAGGAAUGCGUGAGAUUGGAAGGAAGGUGGUCUGGUGUGGUAGUGUAGCGGUGGAUGAAGCCAAGCGACGAGUGUACUGGACUGAUUUGGUGCUGAACACGGUGGAAUCUGUAACUUGGGAGGGUGAGAGCCACCACCAUGUUAACGGAUACCAAAAUCAAAUGUGGCGUUCUGUUGGCUUGGUUGUGGUUGGACGUAACAUUGUGUGGGCCAAUGCAGAGAAUCAAAUGCUGAUUCUCUGCCCAAAAGUAUCCUUUAGAGGUGACUGUUCCAGAAUUCUUCUUCCUGUAGUUCCUCGUGAACUGUUUGCUGCUCCAAUGUCUCUUGGUCCAGAGAAAGACCAGUGUAAGAAUGUGAACUGCUCUCAGAUGUGUGCCUCAGGUGGGAGCUGCAAUAUCUGUCAAGUGAACUACCAGAGGUCUAGUUCAGAUCCAAGAAAAUGCACAAAGUUGAAUACUUGUGACAACAAUGACUGUGAGGGAGGAAGCAAAUGUGAGGCUCACACAAGUGACAAAUAUAUAUGCAGGUGCCCUGAAGGAAGGUAUGGUCUAAGGUGUGAGUUCACUUCCUCCAGCACCCAAAGCUCUGCAUCAGUAAGUGCUGCUGUGGUGGUGGUUGUUGUGCUGCUGAUAUUGUUAAUUUUGGUGCUGGUAUACAUCUACUGGUGGAAGCAACGCCCAUUCACCAUCUGGAAGAGAAGAAGCCAUGGUGCUGCUGCUCAAGGCUACCACUUUGUGAAUCCGGCUUUUGGUGUGAUGCAUGACCAGCCAAUCUUGGAGGAUGAGGAAUCUUCCAGGAAUAGCAUGCUAACACAAGUACAUGUGCCACCAUCUAGUGCACCUCCCAGUACUCCAAUGCUACAGAAGCAAGAGGAGCAACAACAUGGUAUAAAUAACCAUAAGAAUAGAAAGGAAAUUCAGACACAAGAAGAGACGGCUUUGGCCAGCACCACAGACUCCCUCUUGCCUCAAGGUAGCUAAGGCAACCACACUACACCUUCUGCUCGGAUUGACAUGGAAGGUGAGACGGACUUUCAAGUGUGAAGCCAUUAUCCCUUGCUCCAAUUCAUCAGUACCUUCCAUCUCUGUUGGGUCUGCAUUCUUUCCAGUUUUCAUCAUCGUUGUGCAUUUUGUUCAGUUGAAAUUGUCCUUUAUAUAUAUAUAUAUAUA